AUGUCGGACCAGCAGCACCGAUCUACUGGCGGCGGCGGUGGUAGUACGAGAGGUGGUGGUGCGGCGCGGCCACUGUCCAUACCAGAUCGACCACGCUCUUCCUCACGAUCCCAGAUUCCUGCACGCUCAAUCGAGUCAACCAACACUCCAGCACCACCUUCCACUACCGCACAAAUUCCGGGAACGACUGUGCAGACAUCGUCCUUCCGAGUUCCUCAAUCCCCGAAAUCCGCGAUCGGUGAAUCGUCUACAAAUUCAGGCAAAGUUGCCAUACCGAGACUUAAGAGAUCUAUUGACGCUGUUGGCGACGAAGGCAACCGCUCGGGCGGAAGGCAUCGAGUCAAUCAUGCUUGCGAACCCUGUCGCCACAGGAAGACAAAAUGCAGCGGGGAACGACCCGUCUGCAGGCAUUGCCAGGACUUCAAAAUAGCCUGUUUCUAUGCGGAUGGCAAAAGAGACAGAGUCAGAAAACAGUUUGGCACUAUGACAGAGAAAGUGGCCGAGUACGAGAAACUUCUGAAAGACCUCUUGGGUAGGGUCCAGGAUGAGGACGCGCAGUUGAUUCGCGCUUCUCUGGAGAGUGUUCCCUACGACAAUGAAGAUACUGCGACAGAGCCGGGAACGUUAACACUCUCUGCUAUUCCGAGUAUUGAGAAAGAGGAUUCCCGAUCGGGCGCCGAGUCUGAUGCGUCAGCUGGGGCCGGCUCGACCGGUGCGCUCGAUCGAACAGACGAAGAUUUCACCCGCGAGAAAGCCAGGACUACCGGCUACAUGGGAAAGACUUCAGAAGUCACCUGGCUACAGCGUCUACGGGAAGAAAACUCAUUCGGAGACAAACCAGGAAGUGUUCUAGGUGAUGACCGACAGAAGAAGUUGGCGCAGGCUUCGGUUACAUCGUUUUCCUCCAUGCGCCCACCUUCCGAUAUGCAAGUAUCGCUUGCAGAAGCUGACGACAGCUAUGCGAUGAGCGACUACAAUUAUCAUCUAGACGACACCUCCAUCUUCACAUUUGAAGCCGUUGACCCUUACGAGAUGCCAACCCCCGAGGCCGCCCAUCAGCUGUUCAAUGCAUAUAUCAGCCGAGUUCAUCCGACUUUCCCCGUUGUAGGCAAAAUCAAUCUAGGAGCUCAAUUUCGAAAGUUUAUCAGUGGGACGAUCCAGAGACCACCCGAGAAAUGGCUUGCUAUAAUCAACAUGAUUUUCGCCAUCGGUGCAAGGUAUUCUCAUCUUGUCAAGGCAGACUGGCAAGGCGACGAACGUGAUCAUCUCAUCUACUUCACUCGCGCGCGCCUGCUUACCAUGAAUUCCGAGACAUUGUUCCAGCAUCCUGAUCUCCAGCAAAUUCAAGUUCUAGCUUUGAUGUCAUUCUAUCUGUUCUGUGCUAGCCAUGUCAACAGAGCGUGGCUUCUUUCUGGCGUAGCAAUUCGAGCUGCCGUCUCGCUCGGCAUGAAUUUACGGAAUGACAGUGCCAAUCUCGCGAAUCCGCUCAAGGAAAUUCGCUAUCGUGUCUGGUGGGCGCUUUACUGCUUGGAACACAAUAUUUGUAACAUGACAGGGAGAGUCAGCUGCAUCCUGGACGACCACUGUACGACACCUCUUCCCGUUCCCCUGGAGGAAGACAAAUUCGAGACAGAAGAGGGUGUGAAACUUCUGAGCAAAGAGAGUCAGCAGGGCGAUCGCGCUCCUUCCUCAAACCCGCAAACUCCUACCGUCUCAAAUUCAACUCCAUCAUCGGAGCGUUCUCGCUCUCAAACCAAGAUCAAUUCCCGGUCUCCAUCCAUGCCUACCGGCCAAGGAGAUCUUGAAUGGGCAAAGGAUAUUCCUCCCAACAACUCUCUCUACUUUCUGCAUCUUGUCCAGAUAAGCCGGCUGGCCCAGGAUAUCUUCCACGGCCUCUACAACCCUACCUCGCUCACCGGCACCUGGUCUGAUGUCCAAGCCAAAAUAGCAGACCUUGACGAGCAGCUUGAGCGAUGGUACAGGAAACUCCCUCAGCCUUUCGCCUUUCGCCGCAAGCAGCGUGACCGCGAGUCUUACGAACACCGCUUGAAUCUUGGCUUCGUGUACUAUAGUACUAAGAUCACUAUCCAUCGGCCAUGUCUCUGUCGUCUCGACCGCAAGAUCCCAAACCAAUCGAACAAGUCGAUGGAGUUCAACCGCAAUUCUGCCGCUUCAUGUGUCAAGGCCGCAAUGGAAAUGUUGGAGUUGAUACCAGAUGAACCAAACGCCGUGGGUCUUCUGAAAGUUGGGCCAUGGUGGGGCAUUCUGCAUUGGCUUGUACAGUGUACGUCAGUGUUGAUGCUCGAAAUAUCGUUUCGUUCCAAUCAUAUGCCUGAGGAGGUUGACGCGAUUCUGGAGGCAUGCAAGAAGGGUAUUCGAUGGUUGCACGCUCUCGGCGAAGACAGCGCAUCGGCGAAACGAGCUUGGGCCAUAUGUUUUCCCAUGCUCCAAGCCUCCGUCAAGAAAGUUGGUCGAGAUGUUGGCGACGUUCCACAGCAGCCACCUGGGAAGUCGGAUAUAUCGAUGCAAGAUGCCAUGGUCUCGGGCAUCUCUGGCUACCCGUUCGCCGGAGCUUCUGGUGACAUAUUUAGUACCGCACCAAAUGUGCCCUCAAUGUACGCUUCUGGGCCUCAGGCGAUGCCUCAGAUACCAACUUCACAGGCCUUUGCCCUGUACGACCCGAUGAUGGCAUUCGAUCAAUAUUUCCCAGCGGAGUUCCCAGGACAAGCGAUACCGUUUUCGCAAGCAAGGGCUACAGAGAUGGACUUUAUGGGUAACGCUUUCCAAGACCCUCAGCAGCAAAAUUUCCAAGGUGGUGGUCAGAGCAGUCGAGGAGGUGGUCCUGGGUACAGCUAG